AAAAAACAUUCGUUGCUCACUCGCGUUGUUCUUUGGUCGCUGCCGCAAUUAAGAUUUGUGCUUGUUGUGAACAAAAUAUACAAAAAAUAAAAAAAAACAAGUAAAAGACAAACAAAACAAAUUAAAAAUAUAAUUAAUGGCUUCUUACUAGAAACUGGAAAAGCAACGAGUUCCACUGGCUGCGGUUGGAGCUGUUGUUGUUGUCGUUUUGGCACACUUCUGGGCAACAUAUUGUCGCCGGCGACCGCAAGACUGGGCAAAAUUAUGAACUUGUGCUCCUCGGCUGGUGCAACCGCAUCAACCUCAUCACUAUCGUCCUCAGGGCACGUAGAGAGUAACAGCAGCGGUCCCUCCGAGGCCAUACAUUGCUUUGGCGUCGUCGGCGGCGGUGGCAACAGCGGCGGAAGCGGCCGGGCAGAUACAGCUCUUAAUCAAAGUAACAGAAGCACAGUCAACGGUGGUGGCGGGAAUCCUACAAACAGCAACGGUCCCAAUCUGACACACAACGAAAUCAACGCAAUCAUGCCGCCCGAGACACGUCCCAAAAUGGUGACGGUUAAGCAUCCGGAAUCGAAUAAACCCAAGCCCACCACAAAAAAGAUUGUGAAAAACAUCCAGGCGGAUCAGGAUGUCAUCAAGGCAUUGCAGCGUUGCCGCGACGAAGGCAUCAAGCGCUUGGACUUGAGCAAAUCCUCUAUCACUGUUCUACCCAAUACGGUUAGGGAGUGCGUCCAUCUCACCGAACUCUACCUGUACAGCAACAAAAUUGGGCAGCUGCCCACGGAGAUUGGUUGCCUGGUGAAUUUGCGAAAUCUGGCAUUGAAUGAGAACUCCUUAACGUCGCUGCCAGAGUCGUUGAAGCAUUGCACACAGCUUAAGGUGUUGGAUUUACGACACAACAAGCUGGCAGAAAUCCCGUCAGUCAUUUAUCGACUGCGCUCAUUGACGACGCUGUAUCUCCGCUUCAAUAGAAUCACGGCUGUGGCCGAUGAUCUGCGCCAGCUGGUCAAUCUCACCAUGUUGAGUCUGCGCGAGAACAAAAUCAAGGAGCUGGGCAGUGCGAUUGGUGCUUUGGUGAAUUUGACCACGCUGGAUGUAUCCCAUAAUCAUUUGGAGCACUUGCCGGACGACAUUGGUAACUGUGUGAAUCUAAGUGCACUCGAUUUGCAGCACAACGAGCUGCUGGACAUACCGGAUAGCAUUGGUAAUCUGAAGUCGUUGGUGCGUCUGGGCUUGCGCUACAAUCGGCUGAACAGCGUGCCCAUCUCAUUGAAGAACUGCAAAAGCAUGGAUGAGUUUAAUGUCGAGGGCAACGGCAUCACACAGCUGCCGGAUGGCAUGCUGGCUAGCUUAAGCGCGCUGACCACCAUAACGUUGUCACGAAAUCAGUUUACCAGCUAUCCAACUGGUGGGCCCGCGCAGUUCACCAAUGUCUAUAGCAUCAAUCUGGAGCAUAAUCGUAUAGACAAGAUACCAUAUGGUAUAUUCUCGCGAGCCAAGGGUCUAACAAAGCUGAAUAUGAAGGAGAACAUGCUGACCGCGUUGCCGCUCGAUGUUGGCACCUGGGUUAACAUGGUGGAGCUGAACUUGGCCACCAAUGCAUUGCAGAAGCUGCCCGAUGACAUCAUGAAUUUGCAGAAUUUGGAAAUACUCAUACUGUCCAACAACAUGCUCAAGAAGAUACCAAAUACGAUUGGUAAUUUACGCAAGUUACGUAUCCUGGACCUGGAGGAAAACCGCAUCGAGGUGCUACCUCAUGAGAUUGGCCUGCUGCACGAGCUGCAGCGAUUAAUACUACAGACCAAUCAGAUAACCAUGCUUCCGCGUAGCAUUGGCCAUUUGAGCAACCUCACACAUCUUUCUGUAAGCGAGAACAAUCUGCAGUUUUUGCCCGAAGAGAUUGGCUCGCUGGAAAGCCUGGAGAACCUCUAUAUCAAUCAAAAUCCAGGCUUGGAGAAGUUGCCCUUUGAAUUGGCACUGUGCCAAAAUUUGAAAUAUUUGAACAUUGACAAAUGCCCACUUGGCACUAUUCCGCCCGAGAUACAAGCCGGCGGCCCAUCGCUCGUGCUGCAGUGGCUUAAGAUGCACUCGCCUUAUCGGCAAAUGUGAGAUGUGGAUGGCGUCUGGCGCACCGUCUAUGUGGGCAGCGACUGCUACUAUCAGUACGAGCUGCAGACGGAGCAACAGACGCAGGGUAAACAGUCCAGCGAUCGGCGCUAACGGUGCGAGCUCAGCUAAGAAUCGCUACCUAGCCCGGACCCUGGCCAUGCCUGUGGGUGUAACCUCUCCCCGAAACCCGACUGGAGUGCGUUGCCUGGCAAAUGAUAGCUUUAAAUUGUUAUACCAACGUCCCGCGUAUUGUAAAACUGCCCCGAUUUGCUUUUACCUUAUGGUUUAACUCUUAAGUUGUUCACUUUGAAGCUGCUUAGCGACAUCUGAUUUGGUCCUCAACUUUUUGGUUUUAGUUUAAUGCUUCCAAGCUAGUCAUAAAAAAAAAAAAAAACAAAGAGAAGAAAACAAACAAAGAAACAAAAACACUCACUAAACGAAACUAAAUUUAAUUAUAUUAAAGCUUUAGACUUUUUUUGUUUGAUACUCGUUUAAAGACAUUAACAAACUAAUUGUCAUAAAGGAAAGCUAAAUCGAAUGUUCAAAACCACAAAAAAUACGCAAGCGCCAAGGAAUUGUUUGAAAAAAAUUAAAAAACAAAUUUAAACUAAAAAUAUAUACACGCAUAUACACAAAUAAAUAUAAUUAGUAGAGUACUUCGUAUGCUUAUAAGAACAUAAAAACAAAAGUAUUACAAAUAAUUUGAUUAAUGUUGACGACAGUAACGACGCAAGUUCAAAUUGCAAGUUUUUUGAGCGCUUCAAGCAAGUACUAUGUGGAUAUAAUGCACCUCUAUCUAUAAGAACAUAUUUGUGUAUUAAACCAACAAAUUGGAUUUGCUUGUAGCGCACCAUAGGUAUAUAUAAAUGUAAUAAACAUAUACUUAGCACAUGCAUUAUAUGUAUGUUAAACAUUUGGAAAAAGUUAAAGGAAAAAAACCAAAAAAAAAAAAAAUAAAAUAAAACAAAAAUCGAGUUAACGUAAAGUCAAUAUGUGUGCGCGUCUAUAAUUAUAAUUGUUAUAUAUCUCAUGCAUUUGGUUACCAAAAUCGCAUACAUUUUUGUAUGGCAAGCAUUGAAAACACAAUACCUACGAGUAGUGUAAUGCCAGUUAUUUGAUAAGCAAAAUACAUAAGUAUCUAGAGAUAACAAUUGAACCAGAAAAACUCUGGUUCUACACAUGCAUACCGUACUAUACAUACAAAUAAUUAUCAGUGUUGUACUACAUACAUACAUAUGUGGGUGCCGCAGUUGCACUCAAUGAAUAAUGAGUAAUGAAUAAUGAAUAAUGAGUAGUAAUGUCUAAACAGCUCAAAA